GAUCGUUUCUCUGUGCUUGUUAACGGUGUAGGACAAGUCUCGACCAGUGCUGUGGCAGACGAUCUAACGAUUUCAUUUGAGUUUUUGCUGCCAGUUACUAGUUCCAAAAUCCCUCGUGGACGAAUUCGUCAAUGUUACGCCGAAUUUCUGUCCGAUACUCGACCAGGUCGCUGACGUCCAAUCGAUUGUCCAGCGUGUUUCGGAGCACUAAGAGCGUAUGCCGAAGGCGAGGAUCCUCCGACCAGUAUUGCUGACACGGUACCAUGCUCGAUCGCAUGGCCUUUAUCGCUUCGUCAAUCAAAUUUUCCUCCGCCAGGAAAGUGGAUCGAUGCAAGUGAAAGAAUUCUUCGGCAUGUUUGCAGAAUUCGGUUUUCUCCAAGCUCUCAAGAAGCUGCGUGGAUCGGUACUGUUGGGCCGUUACUUGUUCUGUUUCACCUCGUCCCGUCACACUUCGGUAGUCUUCCAACAAAUCCGCAAUCAGCUGUAAAACUUUCACCUUGACCUUUAGCUCGACCGGUUUCUCCAAGACGCCAUACAGCAAACUGUAACCAUGUGCGAUAAUGUUUUCCUGUCUGUUUCUCGUGAGCCUGCUCGUACUGUACAUGGUUUGGGAUGUAAACUACUUCCUCCGGUGUGUCGUUACUCUGGGGUACGGAAUGCUGUUCCAGCGCAAACGUAAGGUAACGGAGGAAACGUCGAUCUAUAGCCUCUGCACGACACAGGACGUGGACAUAUUUAUCCGCCACAUGAACAACGCGCGGUACCUGCGUGAGCUGGACUUUGCUCGGUUCCACUUCUACGGCCUGACCGGCAUUUACGGAAAAAUCAAAGCAAAACGUGGAGGUGCCGUACAAGGAGCGUCCAGCGUGCGCUACCGGCGAACGAUUCCCAUCUUUAACGCGUACAAAAUCACUACAAGAUUAGUCUGGUGGGACGAAAAGGCUAUCUAUCUCGAGCAGCAGUUCGUGACGCUAGCCGAUGGAUUUGUACGCGCCGUGGCCAUGUCGAAGCAGUGCAUUACCAAUGUAAACGUCCUGGAGCUGAUGAAGGAAUUUCCGGGUGCCGAACAGCGGCCCGAAAUGCCCGAGGAACUGAAAUUGUGGCUAGAUUCUAUCGAAACGUCCAGUCAGAAGCUGCGUAAAGACAAGUAGAUGUUUGGAAUGGCAUAUAUUAUAUUUAUGUUUAUGUGGGCAUUACGGUGGAAUCAUGUGGGUUUAUAGAGGAUUGU